GAAAGGGUCUUUGGUUUUGGUUUUCGGACCUUAAAACCCAGACCCGUAGACCCGACAAGAAGUUCCUCUUUCUUUCUUCGUGGCCAUUUCUGUUCCUCUCACCAAAAACUUCCCGAGUCUAAUGGCCUCGCCGUCGCCACCACCCGCUCUCGCACAUUAAUAUACUUGUGUACAUCUAAGUAUUGUUUAUAUGGACAUGAGAAGAUUACUAGUCCAGAAAACCGCCGCCGCGACCAACACCGCAGCAAUACUCUUCCUUCCGAUCAAACGCCCCUUAACCGUAUCGCUCCAUCCUUUGCAGAAACCCCAAAACCCGAAACCGGAACCGCAAGAAGUGGGUUCAUCAAAUCUUGAGGCGACGCCAUCUGCAGCAGCAUUUGAUCGGAGUUUACAUAAUAAGGACAGUUCGUUUUCAAUCUUGUCGAGCGCAAAUUUAACUAUAAAUCAGUGCAAAGAUUUACUAACCCAUUUCACUCCUCAUCAGUUUGAUUCCAUUUUCUGGGAAAUCCACAAGUACGUUAACGCUUCGACUGCAUUGAAGUUCUUUUACUUUGCUUGCGAGUCUUGCAGCUUUAGGUUCACUCUUAGAUCAUAUUGCCUUUUGUUCCACUUGUUAGUUUCAAAGAAUCUUGACUCAGGCGCGCGGCUGCUCUUGAUAAGGUUGAUUGAUGGGAAGUUGCCCGUGACUUUGAGGGAUGAUGUUGGGGAUUUGCACAGAGAGAUUGCCAAUGUUUUGGCAGAUACUUAUUUGGGUUCAGAUAAAUUUAGGAAUGGUAUUAAAGGGUUUGAUAUUUUGGUUCAUGUUUAUGCAACUGAGUUUCAGAAUUUGGGUUUUGAUGUUACAAUGGAUGUUUUUAGGUUUCUAGCUGGUCGAGGGUUGGUUCCGUCUUUCAAGACUUGCAAUGUUUUGAUGACCUUGCUUGUGAAGGCGAAUGAACCCAAGAAGAGCUACGAGGUUUUUGUUAUUGUUUCAAGGGAUUCUUCACCGGAUGUUUACUUAUACAGUACUGCAAUAAACGCAUUGUGCAAAGGAGGCCAGGUUGAUGAGGCAUUGGCGUUGUUUAAGAAAAUGGAGAAUUCGGGUGUUGCUCCUAAUGUUGUUACCUAUAAUAACCUUAUGCAUGGACUGUGCAAAAAUGGGAGUAUGGGAGAUGCAUUUCAGCUUAAGAGGAGAAUGAUAGAUUGCGGGGUGAAACCCACUCUCGUUACUUAUAGCGUGCUGAUAAAUGGUCUCAUGAAACUCGAGAAAUUUGAUGAAGCUGAUUGUGUUUUGAAAGAGAUGUUGGGUAAGGGUUUUGUCCCCAAUGAAGUUGUUUAUAACACAUUGAUUGAUGGGUACUGCAGAAUAAGGAAUGUAACUACUGCACUGAAGUUAAAGGAUGAAAUGUUAUCACAAGGUGUUAUUCCGAAUUCAGUUACUUAUAACACUCUUAUAAGUGGACUCUGCAAGGAAAAUCAAAUUGAUUUAGCUGAGCAGUUCUUAAAUGAGAUGGUAACAGGAGGUUUUAGUAUAAAAUUAGGUACUAUAAAUUCUGUCAUUCAUGGUCUAUGUAAAAAUGAACGCUUUGAGUCCGCAAUAAAAUUUAUUGUCUUAAUGAUCUCUAAGAACUUAGGGCCUAACCAAGGGUUGCUGACAACAUUGAUGAGUGGACUUUGCUGGAAAAAUAUGCAUUCCGAUGCCCUGAGGCUAUAUUAUAUGCUGCAGGAUAAAGGAUUUGCUGCUAAUACAGUGACCUCAAAUGCUCUUAUUUUUGGACUUUGUAAAGUGGGUAAGUUGCAUGAGGCUAAAUUGCUUCUCAAGAGUAUGUUGGAUAGGGGUGUUGGGUUGGAUACAUUUACUUAUAAUGCACUCAUUUAUGGAUGUUGUAAAGAGGAUCGGCUGGAGGCUGGGUUGAAGCUCAAGGAAGAAAUGGCUGAAAAAGGAAUUUCUCCAGACAUUGUUACUUACAAUUUGUUGAUGCAUGGAUUUUGUAAUAAAGGGAAAAUGGACAAUGCGCUGAUGCUUUGGCAUGAGAUUCGAAGGAAUGGUCUUGUUCCUAGUGUUAACUCAUAUGGGGUUAUGAUAGGUGGUUUUUGCAAUGCCGGGAAAGUUGAAGGGGCUAUAAAUUUCUUCCAUAUGUUGCUCCAGCAGAAAAUUGAACCAAAUGCUGUUGUAUACAAUACACUUAUCAGAGCAUAUUCUCAGAUUGGAAACGUGCCAGAGGCCCUCAAACUUCUUGAUGACAUGAGAAGCAAAGAAAUUACUCCUACUCUUGCCACAUAUUCUUCGCUAAUACAUGGAAUGAGCAAUGUUGGCCAAGUAAAUGAGUCCAAAAAUCUACUCAAUGAAAUGAGAAAGGAAGGUCUGCUGCCCAAUGUUGUGUGCUACACUGCACUUAUUGGUGGCUACAGUAAGCUAGGCCAGAUGGACGAAGCAAGGAGCCUCUUGCAGGAAAUGUCUUCAUUUGGUGUACAGCCUAACAAGAUAACUUAUACAGUUAUCAUCAAUGGGUACUGCAAGUUGGGUAGAACGAAGGAGGCUUCUGAGAAUCUCAAAGAAAUGUUAAGCAAGGGAAUCACUCCUGAUUUAGUAACUUACAAUAUAUUGACACAUGGGUUCUGCAAGGAAGGCGAAGUAGAAGAAGCAUUUAACCUGUGGGAUCACAUGUCUGAUAGAGGAAUACAUUUAGAUGAAGUUGCACACACUUCAUUGGUUCACUGCAUGCCCCAACGAGCAAGGAUUGAGAAUGACUAACUCUGGCAUGGUGAGCUAAUAAGUAGUGGGAUGCCGGCGACACUCACUUUUGAGGAUAUUUUUCAACACAGAACUGAUAAGUUCUAGACAUGUUCCACUACUUUAAGAAAUGAUUAUCUUUAUCCGUACUGUCUUCAGAAAACAAAAAUAAGGAUCAGAAAAUCAAUUCUAGAGAGCACUGAGUGUGUAAACAGAUUUAGGAAAGUUCAGAACAGCAAUCAUUAUGGAAUAAGAUAACAACUGAAGGGCUUGCAUCUAUCCUCCUAGAUUUGCUGAUGAUGUUUGCCGUUUCCAACUUUCAGAAUAAUUUGCAGAAUUACAGAAAUUAUGUAGGAAGACAGCAAAGGUGAAGAUAGUGCUUCUUUAUUAAAUGGGGCGAAAUUUUGAACAAGUAUUUGGGCAAACUUGUCACCUUGAACAAGUAUCCUGAAUUGUGAAGCUUCUAAUGCCUCCAAAUUUAUGAACACUCUUUUAUGUUUAGAGAUCAUCCUAAUUGCUAACUAUCUAAGUUUCAAUUUUCAACUGUUGUUUGAAACCAGUCUUGUGGUGUUUAAGUCUAAGGGUGUCUGGAGUGGUGCUCUCGAAUGUGUGUAUGUGAUCACAAUCUGCAACAUGCUUAUUUUAUUUUAAUUCUAUGGUUCUCAUAUCUUGUCUAUAAUUCUACGUAUGUACCAUUUACUGUACUUAUAUCUAUAUCUAUAUCUAUAUAUAUGUUGCCAUGAACAUGAACUGUUUUAUUGCUGCUAAUGGGGCCAGCUUGAUUCAAAUGAUAAAAGGAUCUAUUAGUGAUUGUCUGCUAAUAUUUAUGCUAUGUGUAUUUGUCUCAUCUCUUGGUUACUGUAUAUUUAGAUUUUCUUUGGGAGUGGGCUAAUUUCAUCUGAAAUUGCAUUUUGUGCAAUUACAUUUCUCAAAUAUCUUGAUUGUAGUCACUUUAUCGGAGCAUCCUUUUUAAAGAGGAUAAGUGUUUACCUUGUUAGAGCCUCU